AUACGGUGACAUGGAAACUAGGUGUCUGUCGCAUCUUCUCUUUACGUGGGAAACCCUCUUGUGUAUAACUCAGCCGCUCAGUUCAACUGAACUCUCCCCCUCCCCUUUACCCCUCCCAUUUACCCCCCCCCCCGCCCCCACUUGUUCUUAG